AGUCAAUGAUUUUGCUCCAAGUCACUCCCGUCUAUUCAAAGAGGUAAGUUACGUAAGUUCUUUGUGCUCAAAGUCUGUGAUAUAAUCCAUUUUUAGAUGAUAAUCGUCACUUCUCCCGAGAAACCAUUUGAAUACACUGCCAAAAGGACUGUUCGCCGGCAACAGGUUGUCACUGCAUACACCUCUGAGAUCGAUGCGGUGUAUGCAGCAGUUGAAGAAAGUGGUCAAACAGAGAUUCCCGCACCUGAGGAAUGGAGCGAGAGUGCUUCACUAGAAUUUGUCAGAGAUGUAAUUGCACGAACGAUGAAAAGAGAUGUGCGGACUCUUGGAGACAGCAUCGAUUUAUUCGAAUAUGGGCUUGACAGUCUUCAGGCAACAUGGGUUCGCAAUACCGUCUUGCGCGCCCUUCGCGAAUCGCACGCCAAAUUCGUUCACAAGAUUUCCGCGAACUUCGUGUACGAACAUCCCACCAUUGACGGACUGGCAAAAUAUAUCAGCUCAGCUAUUGCCGGCCAUGGGAUGUCCGAGGAAGAGUCACGUGAAGCGAGGAAAAAGGACCUCUUGCAGCUAGUGAACAAGUACACACAGUCGUUUCCGAGUUUCACUGCAAGCCCGGGAAGGAGACAAGAAGGACAUGUCGUGCUGCUUACAGGGAGCACCGGUUCCCUUGGAUCGAACCUACUCGCCAAGCUUCUUCAGAGCGACUCGGUCGCUGUCGUGUGCGCUCUGUCUCGGCCCUCGGAAGAUGACAACAUCGAAAAUAGGCUCAGGAAGACAUUUGAGAAGGAAGGCUUGGACUCACGCCUCUUGCACAGUGACAAGCUGAAGAUUUUAGAAGGAGAUCCCAGCAAAGGCGAAUUCGGAGUUGAAGCAGAACGCUAUACCGAUCUGCAAUCCACGGUGACUCAUGUUGUUCAUAAUGGUUGGAGAGUCAAUUUCAGCAAUACGAUUUCUUCGUUCGAGAGCAAUAUCAAGAGCGUGAGGAACCUCGUCAAUUUCUGUCUGAGUUGCAAAGGAGACAGGCCCGCCCAUCUCGUUUUUAUUAGCUCUCUUGGCGUGUUUCAGGAGAACUACUCCAAAUCGGCGGAACCCGAGAAGCCUUUGCCCAUUAAUCGCGUCCCUCUAGGGAAUGGAUAUAGAGAGUCGAAGUGGGUUGCUGAGCAAGUAUUGAACGAAGCUGCAAAGCAGACAAACUUGAGGACAAACAUAAUCCGACCAGGACAGAUCACGGGAGGAGUGUCUGGGUCAUGGAACGAACGCGAAUGGUUCCCGAGCCUGAUACGGUCAAGUGUGACUCUUGGGAAACUCCCUGCGGUUGACGGGAGUGUUUCCUGGAUUACGGCGGACAGCGGAGCCAGCGCGAUCGUGGAUAUGCUCGAAUCCGAUGAGCGUGUGUUCCAUCUCGUGCAUCCUCGUCCUGUCAAGUGGAACGCUGUCAUACAGUGGUUCUCGAAAGCAUUGAACAUACCGAUCGUUUCAUAUAGCGAAUGGUUGGCCGCAUUGGAGAAAUCUGACGUGUCGGCCCACCCUGGCACUGCUGCUGAGCUCGAGGCAGCACUUGAGAAGAAUCCUGCACUGCGUCUUUUGGACUUGUUCCGAGCUGCGAAGAACAAUACAGGCGAUGAUCAUGAGCCGCUUGGAGUGCAGAAGCUUGCGUCGGAAAAGGCUGAGCGCAUUUCGGAAUCGCUGAGGAAUGCCGAGCAGAUCAAUGAGAAGAACAUUACGGCAUGGAUAUCGUAUUGGAGUGAGACACGAGCCCUUAGAGUUCAUGCUGUGCAAAGACUGUGA